AUGGCACAAGGAAAAAUGAAAGUCAAGAGUAAGUUACCAAAAGGAGCUAAGGUAAAGAAGGUAAAAGGAAGAGCUGUAACUAAGAGAAAUAAUGCACCAGCUCCAAACAAGUUAAAGGCUAUCGAAAAGAAUAAGAUGAAGGCCAAUGUGACAAAGAUGGUAAAUGCUACGGCAGAAAAACAAUUGAGGUCAUUAGCUACUGACACUCCAACACUCUCAGCGGCUCAAAAACGAGUUGCUUCAGCACCUACAGCACCUGUACCAGCUAAAUAA